AGCAUGUUGCAAACUGCUGCCUUGCUGUCUCCCUGUGUGCAUGGGAAGAACUGGUGGGUCCCGUGCCUGGGCUGGGACCAUGCCAGCAGGUGCCAUGGACAACCCACAAGCCUGGGGCUGCAAGGGCUUUCAUUGACCACCAAAAAUCAGGCUGCACUGCGCACCACGUCCCCCCAUCCAUGCUAUCUACUGCAGCGUGGGCAAAGGGAGUGUGCUUUGCUGACUUCCCAGGGAUGCAAAGUGAGCAUCUGCCCAGCACAGGCGGCAUGUCAGGAUCAGGUCAGGACAAGCCUGAACUGCUGCCAGGGCUGGGGCAGCGGCAAGCUACAAUGUGGGAGUGCUUGUAAGCAUCGCCCCCUUGGGAUUACAGUCUGGAUUUCCACUCGGCACCGCUGCGGGGAGGUUGAGAACUUUUUGCUGGCACGUUUGAGCAGAGCAGGGGAGCGCGAGUGUAAAGGUGCUCACACACCGGCCUGUUGCCUGCUGCAGGACAGCAUGGUGCGGCGUGUGGCCAUCAUCGGGGCUGGAGUCGGUGGGUUGGCCUCUAUUAAGUGCUGCCUGGAUGAGGGGCUGGAGCCCACCUGCUUCGAGAGGAGUGAGGACAUUGGGGGGCUCUGGCGCUACACGGACUCCACAGAUGGUGGCAGGGUCACUGUGUACCGUUCAGUCAUCACCAACACCUCCAAGGAGAUGUCCUGCUUCAGCGACUUCCCCUUCCCAGAGGAUUUUCCCAAUUACCUACCCCACAGCCUCCUCCUGGAGUACUUUCGGAUGUAUGCCCAGCACUUCGACCUCUUGCGGUACAUACACUUCAAGACGACAGCUGUCAGCGUGAGGAAGCGCCCGGAUUUCGCUGCCUCAGGCCAGUGGGAGGUGAUCACUGAGACCGAUGGUGUCCAGGAGUCACACAUCUUCGAUGCCGUCAUGGUUUGCACUGGCCAUUACCAGGAGCCCUACUUACCCUUGGCUUCUUUCCCAGGUAUUGAGACCCGCUUCAAAGGCCGGUACCUUCACAGCCAGGAAUACAAAGAUGCGGAGGCCUUCCGGGGAAAGCGGGUGCUCGUGGUUGGCAUUGGCAACACUGGUGGGGACCUCUCUGUGGAGCUGAGCCGCGUGGCUGCAAAGGUGUUCCUGAGUGCCAGGAGCAGCACAUGGCUGUUUAGUCGGGUCUCAGACCAUGGCUUCCCCUUGGACAUGGUUAACACCACCCGCUUCAAACACUUUCUUGACUGGCUUCUCCCAUCAAACCUCAUGAAGUGGAUCAAGUUUCGGAAGUUCAAUUCAUGGUUUAAUCAUGCAAACUAUGGCUUGGCUUCCACCAAAAGCUCCUACUUUAAGAUAAUUGUCAAUGAAGAGCUGCCAUUCUGCCUUCUCUCUGGGGCCGUUGUAUUGAAGCCAAGUGUGAAGGAGUUCACCAAGAGCUCUGCUGUUUUUGAAGACGGAACAACUGAAGAAAACAUCGAUGUGGUGCUCUUUGCCACAGGCUAUAUCUCCCCAUUUCCAUUCCUUGAAGAGUCAGUUCGCAGCCUCUUUGACAAUAACCGUUGCCUCUAUAAAUGCAUCUUCCCUCCCCAGCUGGAAAAGCCGACGCUGGCCAUCAUCGGCUUAGUCCAGCUGACCGGCUCUGUGAUGGUGGGAUCAGAAAUGCAGGCUCGCUGGGUGACAGGGAUCUUUGCAGGCUGGAACAAGCUCCCUCCUGCCAGCAGGAUGAUGGCUGAUGUUUCGAAGAAGAAGCCACCGGUCAAAAGGAAUCCAUCUGAGAGGGAGAACUUGAAAAUAAAUUUUAUCAGCUACACCGAUGAAAUUGCUUCGUGUGCUGGUGUAAAGCCCAGUGUACUAAGGCUGCUCCUAACGGACCCCCGCCUGGCCCUGGCCAUCUUCUUUGGCCCCUGCACACCCUACCAGUACCGACUGGUGGGACGGGGGAGGUGGAGCGGGGCCAGAGAGGCCAUCCUGACCCAGUGGCAGCGGACGCUGAAGCCCUUGAGAACUCGGGUGGUGGAUGACUCCUCUGACAGCUCCUCCGGCUGGUGCUGGAGGUGCCUUCUGGCCCUGCCAGCAGCUCUCAUGGUGGGUUUUCUCUUUUCUAAAUACCCCCGGAUGGGUUGGAGCUCCCAGGCAGGUUCCCAGUUGUAGAAGAAACAGGGUGAGACCCAGUCGCAGGCUGUCUGGUCCCUGGCCUCCUCUUGCCCAUGUUUCACACCCACCAGGGGCCAUAUGGGUGAUUUACCCCAAACUUGCCGCAAUCCAUGCCUGCAUUGCACCCGCACAAGGUUGGAUCUCCAAAGGGCUUUUGGAAAGAGCUGUUUUGGGAUGGGCUGGUGUGCACGGGACCAGCCUUCCUCCCCCCUUGCUCACCCCGAGCUUCCUCCACGAAAUUUCAGCAAGACCUGCAAAACUUGGUGAUUUUCUGAAGUGCUAACUGUAGAGAUCUUUGUAUUGUUCUGAUCACUUCUGGAACAUCAGUAAGGUGCUAGAAAUAAACCUCACAGAUUUGGUCUUC